CAUUACCUCCAUCCGCCAACUCUCUGUUAGUCCGGUACAGGCGAGGGAUAACGCAAGUCAAGCAUCAGGUACGUGAAUCUACAAACUUGGCUUGUCUUGUAUCUGUGAAAAGAAUCGGCAAAGAAAAAAAAUCCUUCAUGCUUUAUUUGCUUUGCUUUCCUCUUCAAUGGGAACAGUCCCUUCCGAAUCCACUACACCUGCUGUGGUAUUUGCGUUUUGCUGAUUGGGAGCUUUGAAAAGACCAUCAUGACAGUUCCUCGAGGGCUCCACCUUCUCGCCCACUGAAUAAAAUGCACAAACCCACGCCAUCAAAACUGAGCUUCAGAGCCGCUAACCCUAAUCGAGCCCGUCCUCAACGAGUAAUUGAUGCAAGAUCCCUCGCAGCAUCUCAGAAUGCUGGACAGCCAGCGAACAUUAUUCGAGGCCCCAGGUUCCAAAAGGCUCGCGGGUCGCCAGUUCGUGCUCGCAAACCCAGAACCCCGACUCCCGCCGCGACAGCAAAAGCGAAUCCCAAGAAUCGGAAGGAGCUACGAACCAGAGCUUCGAGAAAACAAUCGAAUGAGGAAGAAGGCGAUGCCACCCAGGAAAAGCAAGUCGAAUCUGUAUUCCACGAACUUGAAGAGAAGGCGAGACCAGUUCCUAGCCGUUACUCUCCUCGAGCUUCUGACUUCUCUUCAAUGAAAGAGACCUGGCCUUCGUUGCCAACGAACGUGACCGGGCGUACUGCUGGGGUUUUCGAGAAGCUGUCAUGGUUAAGUGACCGUUAUCCAAAUGGAUACGUUCCACCGCAUGAGUUGGGGAGGCGUCUGUUCAGGGGACAAAAUGUUCAAUUCUUUAGUGAAGAGGAGAAGGCACAGGCUGUAGAGGAGGCCAAGAAGCUGGCACAACAACACGCAGACAAGCUGUCCCAAAUAAAAGGCGAUCUUGUGGAACCUAAAGAAAUUGGUUUUAGCCAGAUCAAUGCAGCGGACCGGAAGGCUUUGAUUGAAACUCUUGUCCAAGGAAGUUACCCCAAGCAUGACGCUCAGAAAGCACAUGAGUCGCCUAUCAUUGACAAUAUCCUCAUGAAUCUCAGAAACAAUGAGACAUAUCAGACAACUGGAAAGGGCCCGGAACUCGUCCAAAAGGUGCAGUCUCUCCUUACCUCGAGCCGCCCUAUCAAACGUGCAUAAGUCGGACUUCUUGAGCGGACUGCAAGUUAUUGUAUAAUAUAUCUUUCCUGUUCUUCAAUUGUUAUCAUUGUUUUUGUGUUCUAGGUAUGUUCGAUUUGUCUUGUAUUUAAAGAUCAAAUAUUAUACAAAGUAGCUCAGGAGACCCGACGAAGCAAAGAUGUGGCUGUUCCACGUACAACCCAGUAAUGGUACUUGGCUAACAAGAAUGCCUAUCUUUGCUUUUGGCUUUUGGUUUUUGGCUUUCUGUUGACCUUACGCCCGCUCUAAUGCCUUCUUCGCCGCAUCAAACAAAUCUUUCAGUUCUUUCUGCCCCUUUUCAGUUAGCUUUUCCAUUUGAUCCUGUGCUUUCCGAACGUCAUCUGGCCUGGCAA